AAAUUGUUAAUAAUUUGCAGGAAAAAUGACAAAGACAUGGACUAUUCUGAUUUUCACUGAUGAAGAUUGUGUUGAAGUAGUUCCAUCAAGUUGGAUACUAAAUGACAAAUGUUAUUGGCCGACGCUUACACCUGACAAGUUGAAAGCUGCAGUAAAAAAUCACGAUGCACUUGAUACUUCUUGGCCUUCAUAUCCUAUUCGGCUUAUACGAAAUGGAAUUUUUUAUGAUUAUUCAACAGCAGAAAAAAAGUGUAAACGGACGGAAUAUUCGUCCGAUGUAAAUUCUGACAGAUUUAAACAGAAUGAAACAGAAUCUGACAGAAAUAAAAGGGAAAUAAUAAAAAAAACGUUUGGCUCUUCAUUUGAUAAGGAUAAUCUAUCAUCAUCAGACGAUAAUAAUAAAUUGCCGACUAAAUUGCCGACUCCUCCAAAUUUAACGAAUGACACCAGUACUUUUAUAAGUAAAAGAAAGCCGAAACAAAAGAGUCAAGCUACUAAUAACGAUAGAAUUCGAAAUGAGAAAUUUGAAAGGAAUUUAUCGAUUG